AUACAUACAUACGCACACACAUACACACAUACAUAGACAUAUAUAUAUAUAUAUACACAUAGACGCGCGCGCACACACAUAUUUACAUCGCCUUCAUCUUAUUUUCCAAAGUUGAAAGCGCUGCGAAAGAACUACUAACAGAAAAGUUUGUUCAAAACCCUCCCCUCAAGCCUUGACAAUUAAUUCACCAUUAUUAGAAUUACAAGUUUGUUAACACCACAAAUUCAAAUAGAUUUCCAAUUACAUAUAAGUAUAAACACACACAAACACACAUACAUAUACAUAUAUAUAUAUAUACAAAUAUAUAUACAAAUUAUACAUACGCACUAACAAUCAUAUAUUCAUACAUAUCUACAACAUACAUACAACACCCCAACCCCACCCAAAUACCUAUAUAUCCUUGUUUGAUAACCUUAUGGAACGUACGUACCUAUGCUGGAUUACGUGGAAGCAUUCGUUGUACUGCAAUGUUUAGUAAAAAAUGCUGAAAUAAAAACCAUUUUGAAGAAAACCCAAGCAAGAAUGCUGGUCUCUGCACAGUGGACUUAAGAGUCGAAGUUUUUAAAAUCCCAUUUCCUUCAAAUUUAAGGCGACAAAAAAAAAAAGAGAAAGAAAAUAUAUUAGAUUUAAAUAUUUAAAUAUAUAAUUAAGUAAUUAGUGAAUUCAAAUCUAAAUAAACUUAUUAUUUUUGGAAUGUUGUGGAAUUUAUAAUCACAAAGAUAUUGAUGAAGAAGGUAAGGAGACGUUGAAGUUGAAAACGACAUUUUUAGCUUGAUCUUAAACCAUUCACAUAUAAACUGCAUAAAGUGUUCCAACUAAAUCCGUCACCGUGGCUUUACUCGAUAUCAGUCAGCAAUCCGUUUUUCGACAAACGGACGGUUACCUGGAUACGGACGAGGUGAUGUAUCAAAACCAGGCUUAUUCGACGCCGUUUUCGGUGAAAGACAUAUUAAACUGGUCCGAACAGCAGUCGAAUAUGGUGUUUGAAAAUUUCCCGGCUGCCGCCAACACCGGCGGUUUCGGAAUGAACUUCGCGAUGGCAAACGGUUACAACGUGGAAUCAUCACUAGCCCAUCCGGGUAGUCGCUUAGUGGAGUGUGGCGGUGGCGGAGGUGGUAGUGGUGGCGGCGGUGGUGGUGGAGGUGGUGGUGGAAGUGGGGGAGACCCUCAUAUGAUAGCCGUUUCAAACAAUCCUUCAUGUAUCUAUGGCAACACAGCCAACCAGGCACCAACCACACCUCUGCAGCCAACAUACACCAGCUUGUCUUGUGCACCAUCUUCGGCUGCCAGCGAUUUACACAACACCCCACCGACACCUGGAACGACACCAUCAUCUUGCAGAGACGAUGACGUUGUGGAAAAAAGUUCAUCAUCGUGGGCAUCAGGUAUGAACCACAAAAUGACGUGCCCAACACCAACAGACAACGAGAAAAUCAAAGGUGACUCCAAUAACAACAACAACAACAACAACAACAACAACAACAUGGUCGAUGGAACUGGAGAUUGUCCAUUGUUACGUCAACGUCAGAGACGGAAACCGCGAGUCCUCUUCUCACAGGCACAAGUCUAUGAACUUGAAAGACGAUUUAAACAGCAACGCUACCUAUCAGCGCCAGAAAGGGAACAGCUAGCGAACAUGUUGAAACUAACCUCAACACAGGUGAAAAUUUGGUUUCAAAACCGUCGCUACAAAUGCAAGCGUCAACGUCAAGACAAAAACUUGGAAUUGUCGACGAUGCAGCCACCGAGGCGAGUGGCCGUACCAGUGUUGGUUCGGGAUGGCAAACCAUGUUUGGGGCAGAGCAGUGUCAGUCCACCAUACUCCACUCCGUACAAUGUCAAUCCAUUCGCCUAUUCAACCGGCCCAGUCUACAGCAACAACAACAAUAACCUAACGUCAGUCAAUCAAAUCCAACAGACAAGUUAUGUACAGAAUCAAAUUCACCAUGGAAUCCGAGCAUGGUGAAAAAAAAAACAUCACAAAA